GUUCAUGAGCCCCUACAGACCAUGGGAAGUAGUGCAGAUAGUUGCGAUAGUGAAACAACUGUAACUUCUGUUUGUGACGAUCUAAAGACUCCAUUAGCAACGGAUCCGCCAGAACCUAUAGACUUUGAAAUUGAUGAGUUUUUAACCCCCAUAGACUUAAAUGAAAGUAAAGUAUUUUUUGGCACAAACCAAGAAAUAAGUAAAGAAAACGUUAUAUCGGAAAAUCAAAUGGGUAUCUAUGAAGAUUGUAAGACACAAGAGGAACUUAACUCUGGUGCUGAAAUUAAUCAAGAUACCAGUGAAGAAGAACUGCAGCACCAAUGUACAGUUGAGAGUGAGCUUGAGACGGGCAGUGAAUAUGAACUGGUUCCUUACAUGACGCAUCAUAUAUCUGAAUCGGUGGAUUGCUUCUCAGACUAUGAUGAUGGUUUUCAUCAGUUGGGAAAGGCUGAAACUGGUUCUCUGGAACGUGUAAAUGUUGCAUUACAGAGAGCUCAAAUGAAGAUGAUCAGUUCUGAAACAAGCGGAUCUAAAAGAGGGCGCAGCUUGGUUAAGUCCAAGGACUUAUUGAAACGGAGACACAAGUUGUCAGACUCAGGCUAUCCUUUGAGAAGGACACAGUCGUUACCUUCUGAAAUGCUUAGUCCAGUGAGGGUAGUCUCUAAAGUGAACAUCGUUUUAUCCUCGGGAAAAGCUACAGUGUGUAGCCCACCAACAUUUUCCUACAAAUACUCUCCAGAGGAGCAAGAAUGCAUGGAACCAUUGGACGAAGAAGCGAACACUAACUACAAAUCUACACUGCCCAUCUCUAAGAAAUCUGAAUACAAAGAAAACUACAAAACUUGUCCUAACAGGAUAACCGAUGAUACUAAUCCUGUUGGGUCACAAUCUAGCUCUAUGCAGACAACUUCACAAAGAUCACAUUCAUCUUGUUCUCUGCACUCUCUUCAGUCUGACUGGCAUGAAAGGCCGUUAUGUGAAUAUGCCAGGACAUGGAGCACACACAGUGUUCCUUGCUUUUCUGGGGCCUCGUGUGGUGCUCUGGUCUCACCAUAUGGUUGUCCACUGGCCCAGAGAUUAUCAUGUGGAUCUCUUAAUAGAUCAUACUCUGGAUAUAGUCUACCAGCUAUGUCAGCCCCUUCUACUACUGAAAUGCAACUGCGCAGAGUCCUGCACGAUAUCCGAAACUCACUACAAAACCUUUCACAGCAUCCUCUAAUGAGAGGGAGUGAUGGAACUACAAGUGGAUACAAUAACCAAAGACCAUCUGUUCUACCUCUGUAUGAAGUAAGUUUUGCU